GAUUUGCCGAACAGUCAGCGCAAAAUGUAUCGGAAACUCACUGGAGUAUUGGCCCUAUUGGGCUUCCUUUCCCUAUCUGGAGGAUAUAGAGUAAUAUCCAAUGUUAUGGACGGAGUGCCUGAAUUCGUAAACAUAAAUCCAGCGCCAUUCGUCAAAAUCGGCAAUGGGUACUAUUAUAUUGAGAAUAAACUGCGAAAGAACUGGUUUGAUGCCUAUGAGUCGUGUAGCCGGAUGGGAGCUGCAUUAAUCUCAUUCGAGACUAUCGAGGAAUGGAAUUUGAUCAAUAAGUACUUAAAGGAUGAGAAAAUUGACUAUUUUUACUGGACCUCAGGGACUGACCUUGCGAAACAGGGCAAACAUGUUUGGCUUUCAACUGGGAACCCCAUAGCAUUGGACAUCUGGCAUCCAUCCCAGCCUGAUAAUAUAGAGGGGGUUGAGCACUGCGACGAAAUG